AUGUCACCACCUUUACCAACCGCAAGCCGACAGAACGGCCCCGUGCCAGCUAGACCCGGCUCGCCAGCCCUUCCCGGAGCUGGUGCUCAGGCCAUGGGCUCGGCCUCUGUUGCAAUGCACGAGGAGGCCCCGCCGGACGAGCGCAUGGCUCCUUGCCCCCACUGCGGUCGCACCUUCAGGAUCUCUGUUCUGGAGAGGCACAUCGGCAUUUGCCAGAAGGUCUUCCAGGAGAAGCGGAAGGUGUUCAAUGCAGUGCUGGCCUCGGCAGUUCGCCUUCGGUCAAACAGGCUGUCCCUGUUGAGGCAGCGAAGGCGUGCUGGAGAGUAUCCAUAUCCUAGAUCGGCAACUGUUUGUCCCAGUCGUGUGAAUGCCUCCUUCACGGGAGGCGAAGAAAGCCCACGAAAAGCAGGAGAAGAUGGAGAAGGUGGCGCAGGGUUGGUCGCCAAGUGCAUGAUGAAGAAGGGAGUGAUCCAAUCACUCAUGCCCGACAGCACGACCCAAAUGUUCAGGCAUUACGAUGGCUUCUUCAACGGGCCUUCAAUCGGACUUGGCUGCACCGGCUUCAGGCUUUGUGAAAUGCUGGGCUACGAGCCGGAUUCGCUGAUUGGCAGGAGCGUGCUGGUACUGAUGCCCGCUGUGGUAUCAGAUGCCCAUGCGGCGCUCUUUCGCCGGCUCCGCGAGGCACCAGCAUCGAAACGCGCAGCGCUCCUUGCAGGGCACAUUUCGCGCUGCCGCGACGCCGUAAUUCUGGAUGCAGACGGGAUGCCACUUUCUUGCCGGCUUCUGGUGCACAUCAAUGGAGACCUUUCGUCAAAGCUUGUAUUCGAGAGAGUCAGGGGCAAGAUUGCGCAGUGCGUUCCACGCGGCUUCGGACAGUUCUUGCGCCAGCCUGCGGCUCCCCACAUCAUUGACUGCCAGGAGGUGGCUUGUAUCAUGACGGAUGUGGCAAACACGACGCGCUUCGCGACCUCUCAACCUCCACGAAUGAUGGCCGAGCUCCUACAUCAGGUCUACGUCACAGCCAACAGAGUAGUCCAGAGGGAGGCUCACCCCUACGUGUACAUCCACGAGGCAGUCGGCGACAGCUUGCUGUUGCUCUGCAAUGCUGAGUUCAUGGCGCGAUAUCCAGGCCGAACGGCUUCGAUAGCGAUCUACGUGGCUGCCGAGGUGCAGAAGGCUGUGGACAAAAUGCUUUCAGCGUUCGCAGACGGCGAUCAUGGAAUGUACUUGCGGACUGGAAUUGCUUUGGGGCCUUUGUGUGCUGGAGUGGUGGAUGGUCGCAACUUCCGCGUAUUCGGGUCUACGAUCCAUCUCUCUCAGCGAUUGGAAUCCGUGUGUCCGCGCUCGCGCAUUGCCUGCUGCAAAGCCUUCACCGCACAACUCCUUGAUGAGGUCAGCUCGAGCGACCUUCAUGUUGUUCCGGCGGCAGUGGAUUUGAAGGGCUUCGGCACUGUGGAGUACUCGGUGGUGAACUUUCUCGGCUGCAGUCUCCCAGGCCUCAGACAGCCCAGAACUUGCGCUCGACUCCUGGCAUCCUUGCCCGAUCUUGCGCCCUGGUCAGGUCAAGGGACCAAAGCUGUUUGA